ACGAUUGCUAGGCCUUCCAGUUAGGAUCCCUUCCGAACACCCCACUGCGAAUCAAUAUGAGAAUCGUCCGUCUUGGGCUCUUGCUAGAAGCGGUGAUGGCGUGGGACGCCGCGUGGUUCGAGGCCGACCACGGAUUGUCGUUGGAUCGCUCGCUCGGCGAUCCGAGUGCUUCGUCCCCGAUCCACCCCGUGCGCCAUUUGAAGGCCAGCAAAAAGAGCAAAUCCUCCGAUAGGCCUGGGAAAGGCUCCAUGUUUAAAGACUUGUCCGCAAAGGACUCCUCGGGAAAGGAAGCUGCGGGCAAAGGAUCGUCCACCAAAAGCCAAAAAUCCGUAGCGCCGUCACCGCACCCCAAAAGUUUUCCCGUGUCGCCGACUCCUUCCCCCACGGAGACCUUUGUUGAGCCGCCGACCGUUGCGCCGGAAGAAAUGCCCACCUUUAAUCCGGUUUACUCGCCGAUUGACGUGCCAACGCAGGUCCCAGCGUCUGCACCCACCGCGACUCCGGUAGAUAUACCAACUACGGUUCCUAUUGAAGCGCCGACCGUGACUCCGGUAGAUGUACCAACUGCGGUUCCUAUUGAAACGCCUACCGAGACUCCGGUAGAUGUACCAACUACAGUUCCUAUUGAAGCACCCACCGAGACUCCAGUAGAUUUACCAACUACGGUUCCCAUAGACGCGCCGACCGUGACUCCGGUAGAUAUACCAACUACGGUUCCCAUAGACGCGCCAACACAGGUCCCCGUAGCUGCACCCACCGAGACCCCAGAGGCUACCCCAACGGCGGUUCCGAUUGACACUCCGACUCAGAUUCCAACUGGUGUAGUUAAUCCGACUGAUGUUUGCGCCUUGGCGCAAGAAAUAUCCGCUGAAGAUUGCAUCAAUACCGCGGAAAGGCUUCAAAUGGACAUCGAAAACAACCUCAGUGGUGUGAUUUGUGACCAGACCUUCAUUGGUAUAACGGAAACAAUCGUGAUUCCCGAGAAUGCUUCCUUCGGAUAUAGGUGCGAAGUCCCGGGUCGCUGUGUUAUUCAAGGCGACUUUAACACCCAACUAUUUAGGACGGAAAGCACUGGUAGCGCCAACAAUGGCCACGACAUUUGUUUCUCGGGGAUUCAAUUUUGGGACGGGUCCAGCGAUCCUAGUGAUCCCGUUCCCGAUGGAGGUGCAUUCGGUCUCGUUGGAGGAACUACUAGCUUCGUAGGACCUGGAUGCCGAUUCUUGAAUAACACCGCGAACUCUGGAAGUGGUGGGGCGAUCGCCGUAAGCUCUCAGGGAGCCGUCAGUGUCAUCGGGUGUCUGAUUACUGAAAAUGCUGCCUCGGAAUCUGGUGGUGCCAUAAGUGCCUUCAACGUCGGACCAAGUUUAAACCCUGAAGUGACAAUAAUCAACUCUUUCUUCUUCGCGAAUACUGCUCCCCUGGGCCCUGAUAUUUCAGCAGGCGAUCUUAUUGACUCCGGCAGUGCCUUGGUAACCUGUAGCGCGAACACUACAUUUUGCGCCCCCGCUACCACGUUUGCUCGAUCUGGGGCAACGAUUUCCGGAUGCGAUAAUGUGGAGCUCUGCCCCUAA